GGGGAAGCUAAACACAGAUCAGAACCAGAACCAGUAAUUGAUCCAUUAGUCUGAGUGGUUACGGUUCGGAUGGGGCGAACAUGAAGCCCAGCUACUAGAACUCGAACCGCUGUCUGUUGGUUCUUCCCGCCUGGUUCCGGUACUUUACCUGGCACCGCCACCAUGAGCUCCAGGGUGUGCCGGACCUGUGGGGGGUCCGACAUCGAUGUGGACCAGGCCCGGGGCAGUGCAGUGUGCACGGGCUGCGGCUCGGUUCUGGAGGACAACAUCAUCGUAUCAGAGGUCCAGUUCGUGGAAGGAAGUGGAGGCGUGUCGUCCGCUGUGGGACAGUUUGUCUCUGCUGAUGGUCCAGUUAAAGCUCCACUCCUCGGUUCUGGUUUCCACACCGGCGUCGGAAAGGAGUCCAGAGCCCAGACGCUGCAGAACGGUAAGCGUCAGAUCCAGCAGCUGGGCAGCCAGCUGCAGCUCAACCAGCACUGCCUGGACACGGCCUUCAACUUCUUCAAGCUGGUCGUCAGCAAACACCUGACCAGAGGCCGGCGGACGGAGCACGUCAUCGCCGCCUGCCUCUACCUGGUGUGUCGCACCGAAGGCACGCCCCACAUGCUACUGGACCUGAGCGACCUGCUGCAGGUGAACGUCUACAUCCUGGGGAAAACCUUCCUGCUCCUGGCCCGGGAGCUGUGCAUCAACGCGCCCGCCAUCGACCCGUGCCUGUACAUCCCUCGCUUCGCUCACAUGCUGGAGUUUGGAGACAAGAACCACGAGGUUUCCAUGACGGCGCUCCGCCUGGUGCAGAGGAUGAAGAGGGACUGGAUGCACACGGGUCGCCGACCGUCUGGGCUCUGUGGAGCAGGUAAGGUUGUCACCAUGGCAACAGCAACAUUCAUGUGGCUCAUGACGGUCCCCCCCCCAGCUCUCCUGGUAGCGGCUCGGAUGCACAAGUUUCGGCGCUCGGUGAAGGACGUGAUCGGCGUGGUGAAGGUGUGCCAGACCACUCUGAGGAAGAGGCUAACAGAGUUUGAGGACACGCCCACCAGUCAGCUGACCAUCGAUGAGUUCAUGCGGGUGGAUCUGGAGCAGGAAUGUGAUCCGCCGUCCUUCACUGCCGGCCAGCACAAAGUCAAGAUGCAGCAGCUGGAGCAGGAGCUGGCCCGGAAGCUGGAUGAGGUCGAAGGAGAAAUCAGCUGCUACAAGGAGGAGAUCGAGACAGAGCUGGAAAAGAGCCGGCCCAAACUCAGGGGGAUCUACGCCGCCUACGCCAAGGAAAUGGGUCCGUCCAGAACCACAGCAGAUCCGGAGGAUGAGGACGUCCUGUCCUCUCCGUCCGACCCGGAGGACAAGGAGGGGGACGACGCCGACCUGCAGGCCGCCGCCCAGCGGCUGACGCAGGACUUCCUGUGUCAGGUGAUCCAGGAGGAGGGGGGCAGGGCGCCACAGGAAGUAGAAACGGAGGGAGCCGGGCUACCCGCCCAGGGCGCCUCUCUGGCCUCCAUCCUGGGGAACGCCAGCCUGGGCCUCCAGGAGAGCUUUCACACCUUCAAUCUACCAGAACCGGACCAGAACCCAGAUGAGGAUCCAUCCCCGAGUGGAGAGCUGGACCUGGAAGGAAUCGAUGAUCAGGAGAUCGAUAAGUACAUCCUGAAUGAGAAGGAGGUGGAGGUGAAGACUGAGCUUUGGACCAAGCAGAACGCAGACUACCUGAAGGAGCAGAAGGAGAAGGAGGAGAGAAUCACCAAGGAGAAGGAGCAGGGCACCUACAAGGAGAAGAAGAAGAAAUACAAGAAGCGAGAGCAGAUUGAGGCUGCCACGGCGGGCGAGGCCAUCGAGAAGAUGCUGGAGAGGAAGAAGAUCUCCAGUAAGAUCAACUAUGACGUCCUGAGAGACCUGAACCAGCCAGCAGGAAGUCCCGCCUCCGAGCCCCCAGGGGGCGCCGCCGCUGCCCCGCGCAAACGCCUGAGCCGCCGCCGCAGGAAGGCUGGCGACGCCAAUGCAGAGCUGUCUGCCGGCGCCACCAUGAUGACCAAGAGGUUCCGGCGCCUCAUUUCCUCCACACCACGGAAAAAGAAAGCUGCUCCACAGGUGGAAACAGCAGUCGUCACGGAAACGGCAUCAGAGGCCGUACCUGAAGCUCCUCCUGCUGCUGUCCCAGGCCCCGCCCCUGCUGAAGCCCCACCCCCAGUGGAGACAGAGGAAGAGGAGGAGGCGGCAGAGGAAGACUGCGUCAGUGCACUGCGGCUGGUUGGAGAUUACGGCUGUGAGGAAGAGGAGGUGUUUUAGCUCCGCCCACCCUGAACAAACUCCGUCCAGCCAAUCAGAGGCCAGCAGAGCGAUGGAAGAACCGGAGCUUAGCAGAACUUUUCCCUUUAAGGUGACUCGGACCGAGCCGGAACCGGCAGAACCAGCAUGUGACAGGAAGUGUGUGUUGCUGUAUUUUGAUGAUGAAAUGUGCAACGCGAACAGAAUCAUGGCUCAGCAGAAACAUUCCAUAAUAAACGGACUGAAAGUCCAGUCGGUU